AUGAGUGUUACUCUGCAUGAUCAGGGGACUGAGGAUGGACAUUUUGGUGUGUCCUUUGAGAGAGUGGAUGGUCACACAAUGACUGAGACCCUCCGCUACAUUCCACGCAGUGUUGUGGACACGUGGGCCCAGCGUGAGUACCUUGUGGUGUUUGGCAUCCCGUCGGUAGACAUUGAGGCACGGCGGAGGCGGCGCUACCUGCAGCGGACCACGUGCUGGCGCUUCCCCGGUGUUGCCACGAAGUCAAACAACUUCACUGGUGAGAUGCUGGUGCUGUAUGUGCUAUCACGCCACCCGUCUCACGGCUAUAACUACUCUGCUGGAGUUCAGGAGGAGGCAUCGGAGUGGCAUGAUCUGCUCACGCUGCCCAUACAUGAGGGAAUACCUAAUUCAACUAGAGCAGUUGGAGGUGAUGGUUUUUGGGGCUUGGAGGCUGAGUUUGGCAUGAGCCGCAAGACGUUCAUGUGGUUCCACCAUGCCGUCCAACUGUUCCCCAACGCUAGUUAUCUGGCAAAGGGCGACGACGAUAUGUUUUUGCGUGUGCCGCAGUACCUUGCUGACCUGCGCACCCUGCCCCGCCGUGGGCUGUAUUGGGGGCUUUUUAAGCGCUCUAGGAAAGGUAUUGUGCGGUAUGUUACUGGGUUUUGCGCGACUCUUGCGAGGGAUGCUGUGGAACAGGUUGUGUCUUGCGAACCAGUACGGAGUUUUAUGUACCGUCCUUCUUUUAAUCGGAUAAAUGAUUUUGUAUAUUUUUACAUGCACCAUGAAGACGUUAUGGUGGGACGGGUGCUGACGCAAAUCAAGUACCAACACCUCCUCUACGCCCGUGAAAAGCCCUGUCAUUUCCAUGAUGUUCAUGUGGGCCAUCGUGUCAACCCGGUAACGUCGCAGUCUGUGGUGAUCCAUCACCUAUGGGAGAGUGAGUAUGCUGAGCUGAUGGAGCGGUUUGGAAACGAUACUUCUCCCUCCCCUCGCAGGUUCAGGCGCCCCAGCAGAUGCUUCAUUGAUUUUCCUUGUAAUGGUUAA